AUGCUGCUCGUACUUGUCAUCUUGUCCGGGCUCUUAAGUUGUGUGCUUAGCCAAUGUGAGCCGGGAUGGAGAGAGUAUGAAAACAAAUGCUAUUUUUUCUCCACGGACGAGAAGACCUGGCAUGAUGCCCUCACAGAGUGUGAGCGUAAGGGUGCCAACCUCAUGAGCAUCCUCGACCUUCAUGAGAGGACGUGGGUGCGGACUCAGGUCGGUACAGGGACUUACUGGAUCGGGCUGAAUGACAUCGCCACUGAGGGUGUCUGGGAGUGGUCAGAUGGGAGUGUAUACUACCCCUACCUCGAAUACUGGAGGCCAGGCCAGCCGGACAACUGGGAUGACACUGAGGACUGUGGACAAGUAGGAGCAAACGGGCAGUGGAACGAUGAGGCCUGCACCGUCCCACGCUUGUUCAUCUGCAAGCGGCCCAACCCGAACCCGCCCAUAAUGUGUGACACGGCCAACGGGUGGGAGCAGUUCCAGUCGAACUGCUACAAGUUGAAAGCCGACACGCGAACGAACUGGGGCUCCGCGAGGAUGGACUGCGUCAGAGAGGGGGGAGACUUGGUGUCCAUCACGUCAGCCGGGGAGGAGCAAUAUGUGACAGGCCGCCUUGAUCCCUCAAGCUACGACCUCUGGAUCGGCUUUUCCACCCUGAGCUGUACAACAUUUUCCUGCCAAGUUCAACCUGACAAUGAGCUGUUUCGCUGGUCCGAUGCCUCAUCUUCAGACUACACCAACUGGGGAGCGGGAGAACCUGAUGUCACGGCUAAGGCGAACGGCGUCUGUUCUGCAGUGAUUAAAGAGGCGAAUGCAGAAUUUGGGAAGUGGAGGUCCCAUGUCUGUCGUCAUGAGCGCCCUUACAUGUGCAAACGAGGAAUGGAGACGGUCUGUCCUGCGGGAUGGCUCAGCUUCGGUGGUAACUGCUACUGGGUCGUCAGCAACCUCAACCUCCUCACCAGCUGGCACGAGGCUCACAGCAGAUGUUCAGGCCGGGGAGCGAGCCUCGUGACGAUCAAAAGCCCGGAAGAGCAGUACUUCAUCAAUGCUCAGCUACCUGAUCUGCACCAAGCUGAUGUGCCUGAUGUCUGGAUUGGUAUCUCAGAUAAGAACCAGGACGGCACUUUCCAGUGGGUGGACAACACUGACAUUUCUUUUGCAAACUGGAACCCCAAUUUUCCCAGAAAUACGCAGAACAUGUGGGACUGUGGCCAAAUUUACACAGGAAAUUACAAUGGAAAAUGGGAAACAACCAACUGCUUCAAAAAUCUGGGGUACAUUUGUAAAAUGAUCGGGGGCCAAAACGUGAAACCAACUCAAGCUCCAGACUCAAACUGUGAUACUGGAUACAUACUAUUUGGAGAAUACUGCUAUCACUUUGAGAGUGAGUCAGUGAAAAAAUGGCAGGAUGCAGAGAACUUGUGUAAAAACCAAAAUGGACACCUGGCUAGCUUUCAUAGCCAGGAAGAGCUGAGUUUUCUGACCGCUCAUAUGACACAAUCAUCGUGGAUCGGUCUGAAUGACAUCACAGAGGAAGGGAGGUUUGAAUGGUCUGACCAGACAACAGAUCUUCUUUUCUGGAGUGACGAUCAGCCGGACAACUGGCAGGGAAAUGAGGACUGUGUCCAGCUUCUGGGAGUGGAUCAUGGCCAAAUAGGAUAUCUCAAUGACCAGUUCUGUACCAGCAGCUUUCCUUUUGUCUGCAAAAAAGCAAAAGGCGAAGGCCCCCCGCCCCCUCCAACGUCUGGACCAGGGUGGAAUGAGAAGUGUGGCUCCUGGGUGCCUGAUCCCUUCAAUGACUACUGCUACCUGUUCAACUACCUGUCGAUCAGAAACUGGGCGGACGCUCGGGCUGACUGUGUCAACCAGGGUGGCGAUCUCAUCAGUAUCACGGAGCCCUUCGAGCAGGGCUUCAUUCAAGCUCAAGUCCAACUGAUCCCUACGGGGGUGGCUAUGUGGAUGGGCGGCCACGACUCCGUCGCUGAGGGAGGCUGGGAGUGGACUGACGGCUCUCCGUUCCGCUACAUCAACUGGGCGGCAGGCCAGCCAGAUAACUACUAUGGGGAAGACUGUCUCUCUAUGCUGAUUAACUCAGGCUACUGGAACGAUGAUAAUUGUGCUAAUCAAAGAGGCUAUAUCUGCGAAAGACGAGGAAAUAUGCCGGUACCCCCUCCACCUCACGACGGCUUCUUCACCUCUUACACCUGUGAGAUGUCGUCCGUAGCCCUUCACUGUCCGUUCAACAGCGUCAUCAACAUCCAGGCCGCAUUCUUUGGACGCCUGAGUGACAAGAUCUGCCCCUACGAGGAUGGAGCCUCAGGUAUGUUGAACAGGUGUGAGACAUGCACAGUGGAAGGUACUUUGCCAUUGGUGCGAAAGGCCUGCGACAAUCGCCCUUUCUGCUUCCUGUAUGCUCACACCGAUAAGGACACCUGUUCCCACAUCUCCAAAUACCUGGAGGUGGUAUUCAGCUGUGAGCAAAAUGUGUGCGUGAGAGGCGUGGGGGUGGAGGACGGCAACGUCACCGACGCACAGCUUUCAGCCUCCUCGUCCCGGAGCGGGAUGGAGCCGCAGAAGGCCCGUCUGAACGGCAACUCCUGCUGGAUGCCAUCUACCCCGAUGAACUCCUGGAUCCAGGUGGACCUUGGUGAGGCCAAAAAGGUCACUGGUGUAACUAUCCAAGGAUGUCCGGGCACAGGAAAUUGGGUGACGACCUUCAAAAUCCAGAGCAGCAUGGAUGGGAUCCAAUGGACUGAUUACACAACAGAUGGAAAGACGUUCCCUGGAAGCACGGACAGCAGCACUCCAGAGAUGCAGCUUUUUGGCACCCCUUUCUCCGCAAAGUACAUCCGAGUUCUGCCUCUACAGUACAACGGGCAGGCAGGCCUUCGUCUGGACAUCCUGGGGUGCAAGCCCGACUACGCGGUUUCCUGUAAUGCCAGGCCCUCCUUUAAUGCCUUUAAUGAUAAAAUGACAGUUCACUGCCCGGCUGGUUGUGCGUCUCAGCCGUACGGCGUCUACGGAUUCGAAACGUACCGAGGGGAUUCCACGAUUUGCGCGGCCGCGAUCCAUGCCGGGGCGCUCGUGGAUGAAAACGGCGGGGACUGCACGCUGUUGAAGCGGCCGGGACAGUCCUUUUACCCGGGCUCAACCAGGAACGGCAUCACCUCCAGGGAAUAUAAUCUGAAUUAUGCGUCAUCUUACGUGUUUGCAGACGGAGAGUUGAGAUGCUCAGGUCCUGACUGGUAUGAAUUCGGUGACUUCUGCUACAAGCCCUCCACUGACAUGAAAACGUGGACUGAUGCUCGAGUGGAGUGCAAGAAGCUGGGCGCAGACCUGGUGUCGAUUCUGUCCCUGACGGAGCAAAGCUGGCUCGAGAGCUACCUUUACCUGGCCACCAGUGACGUAUGGACCGGCCUGAACGAUAUGAGCUUCCAGGGCUUCUUCAUCUGGUCCGAUCAUCACAUGGUCCAUUUCACUCACUGGGCACCAGGAGAGCCCAACAACCAUGCAGGGUUCAGCGAGGACUGCGUAGAGAUGUUACACCAGACUGGUAGGUGGAAUGACGUGCCGUGCACAGAACUGAACACGUAUAUUUGCAAGAAGCCCAAAGGCCACUAUCCCGCACCAUCAGUUCCUCCAACUGUCUAUGGCUGCCCACUGGGUUGGGAUGCCUAUGCCUACGCCUGCUACUGGAUGGAGGAGACGCCAAAAAAACGGUCCGAGGCCAAGGCCUUCUGUGAACAGAGAGACAGCAAACUUCUGCACCUCAUGGAUAUAUACGAGCAGUCCCACUUCACCGUGAAGCUGGCGGCCUACAGUGGGUUCUGGUGGAUCGGGCUGAGGGCCCACGGGAGCAUCUUUGGAGGGGUGGAUUACGUCUGGGACAACGGAGAGCCCCUCACUUUUACUCACUGGGACCGGAACCAGCCAGACAGUGGAGACGGAUCCUGCGUUGCUAUGACGACAGGUCCCGUAGGUGGCUUCUGGGAUGACAAGCCCUGCGAGGAGUCCUUCCCUUUCGUGUGUGAGGGACAGCGGGACGGUCUUUCUCCCCCCACCCGUGCCCCCACGCCGGAGCCAGCGCAUGGGUGCUCAUCUCAGGAAGGCUGGUUAUCCAAAUCACAUUUUAGGAACUGCUACAAGGUGCGUUUGUUCUUCAUGGUGGACUUCUCCGAGAAGAAGAGCUGGAAUGCGGCUGGUGAGGACUGCAGAGCCAGGGGCGCGGAGCUGGUGAGCAUCCACAACGCAGAGGAGGAGACCUUCCUGUCCACGUACUCCAAGGGCAAGACCAAAUGGAUCGGCCUGCAGCACAACGCCAUAGAGGGAGGUUACCAGUGGACCGAUGGAUCGGCUGUCAGCCACACCAACUGGGGUCGCGGGGAACCAAACAACCACGAGGGCCGGGAGAACUGUGUGGAGAUGGUGAGCACGGUCAACGGCUCGUCGUGGUGGAACGACCUCAACUGUGACGCCCAUCAGGACUGGGUCUGCGAGAUCGCCAAGGGGAAGACGCCCAUCAUUCCCCCGGGACCCCCUCCACCUGUGCCAGCACCUGAGUGUGGCUCUGACCCUGGCUGGCGGAAAAACAAUGGCAUCUGCUACUACUACAAUGACACCGACAUCGUGGACUUCCACACCGCCAUGCAUAGAUGCCGCGCGCUCCAAGCCUACCUAGUGUCCAUCAAUGACCAGGAUGAGCAGGCAUUUGUCAACAGUAUGGUUGGGACAGGGCAGGUCAGCGCAGGAUGGAUCGGGAUGAUAAUGGCUGGGGUCGCAGGAGGAGAAUAUAUCUGGGUGGACAAUUCCCCGGUCACAUAUGUUCACUGGGCGGGAGGGGAGCCCAAUAACGCCAAUGGAGAGGAGCAGUGUGUGCAGAUGAAGCAGUACCCAGGCACUUGGAAUGAUGUGAACUGUGGCAGGGACAGUGCAGGUUAUGUGUGCAAAAGGUACCCUGGACAAAUUCCCCCUACCCCCGGACCCACACAGCCUUGGACAGGAAACUGCCCGGAAGGGUGGAAGCCUUUCGAGAAUAAGUGCUAUAUAUUCAAAGGAGAUCACAAGGAUCAGAACGAGUUUAGAGCCAACUGGACCUUUGCACGAGACUGGUGCCGAAACCAACUGACACCGAAAGGCGAGCUGGCUGUCAUCGACAGUCGGUAUGAGAACGACUUUGUGGCCAGCUACCUUAAGGACCUGGUCAUGCCCGUUUGGAUCGGUCUGUCUGACAGUCUGCACGAGGGGAAAUUCGCCUGGGUCGACGGGAGUCCGGUGAAGUACACCAACUGGGCCGACAAACAGCCAAGCAAUGGAGACCAAGGGGAACACUGCACGUCCGUGAACCAUAACAUCCUGGUCACUGGCCGCUGGAACGAUGAGAAAUGUCACGAAAGCAGAGGCUGGGUCUGUUACAUGAAGAAAUCGAGCAGCAUACCUGCACCGCCGCCCACGAGCAGCCACUGCCCCGCAGGCUACACUUCCUGGCAAAAUAACUGCUACAAGCUGGCGGAGGAGGCUAAGACGUGGGAGGCAGCCCAAAGUGCGUGUGAAGAGGACAAAGGCAACCUGGCCAGCAUCGACUCCAGCUACGACCAGGCUUUUGUGUCUGGGGCUGUACUUAAGGGCGAGACCGACGCCUGGAUCGGACUCCGGCGAAAGGGGAACUCGUACACCUGGACGGACGGCUGGCCCGUGUACUUCACGCAGUGGGGCCCGGGCGAACCCAGCAACCGCGCGGACGAGGGCUGCGUGAGCAUGCACGGCUCCGUGCGCCUGCACGGCCUGUGGAACGACACGGGCUGCAGCGCGCCCAAGCGCUACAUCUGCAAGUACUCCACAGAGAAGCCUCCCGCGACCCCGGCUCCUGGGGACGGGAACUGCCGGGACGGCUGGUGGCCGUUCGGGGGAAACUGCUACUUCAUCUACAACGGGCGGGAGGGCUUCUCCUGGCCCGACUCCAGGCACUUCUGCCAGCUGCUGCACGGAGACCUGGCUUCGGUCCACAGCAAGGCCGAGACGGAGUUCCUCAGGAACAUCAACUACACCAAGUACCACAACGUCUGGAUCGGACUCACCAGGGACCGUUGGUUUGGCUGGGCCUGGACUGACUUGACGAGCCUGGCCUAUCAGAACUGGGCUCCUGGGGAACCUAACCAGGGCGACAUGGGAAAUGAGAAGUGUGUGGAGAUGUAUCCGGAAGGGACGUGGAACGACAACAACUGCAUGCAGAAGAGAGGCUACGCCUGCCAGCACCGCAAAUUCUUUAACACAAAUGAAAAUGGCGAUCCAAUUAUCCCUACAGAUCCACCUCCAGUAGAUAAUGGUGGAAUAAUUGCUGGAGCAAUCAUUGGGGCUGUGGUUUUGUGUGCUUUGGUACUUGGACUGAGUUACUACAUAAUUAAAAUUUGGAGACCAAGCAUGCUUCCAAAGAACAUUGAUGUGGCUAAUUUCAACAACCCCAACUUUGGACGGUCAUAAUCUUAAAAACUGGUACUGCAGGACCAUUUCUUCUGUUCAUUUAACCAAAGCACUGCUGCUGGAAAAUGUAUCGUCAACUUUUUGUAAGAUCAGUAUCUUUUAAUGUUCUUGGUGUCCCAGAGGAUGGCAUGAAUAAAUAUGAAGCUCAUUUCUGAACUCCUCUAGGGGGAGAGUGGGGCUCUCUUCACACUUUGCUCCAUCACACUUUUCACUCUCUUACAUUUCUUUUCCAACAAUACAUCACAAUGGAAUUAAUGUCACACAAAUGAAAGAAUGGAGGAUCAGGCACAUAUCUUAUUUCAGCAGUUAUAGAUGGUUAAGUAGAGGGUGUGCACUUCUGACGGCCUGCCCCAUUAGUGCCAAUCGGCUCUGAGCAGUGGAUAGAAAAAGUGUAAAAGACGGGGAACCGUCACACAGAAUGUCCUUGCCCUUUGAAACGAUAUUUCGAAGCCACGUCAGUUACAGAUAUACAGUUAUAGCUACGUCACGGUUUCCCCAAACUAUAUGUAUAUAUAAUAAUCAAUUUACAAAAACAUUAACAUCCUCAACUAGUGAUUUUGACCACAUGUAAACAGGAAGUUGACCCGUUUACACAGCAUGGCUAUUCAAUGUAUAUUUUUGAGGUAGUGCCUCGUUUUGGAGAAAUUAACAGUGAGACAACUUGCUCAUAGUCAUUAUCAUUGCCCCACUCUCUCCGAUCUCAGAAAUGCAGUAUUGUAAUUUAUUCAGAGAUAAAUUCAUUAUAUAGUCUGAAUGGCAGAAUUCAGUGUUUCUGUUUUCAAUCACAAGGUUUAAGUAUGUAGAUGCUGUACAUUUACUUAAUUUCAGAAUAUGCAGCAAUUUUAGAAAUGCUUGAUAUAGUUAAAAGGUUUAUAAAAGUUUAGGUAUUUUUGUUUCCCUGCUACAUAGUUUUGUGAACAAAAUAAAGACACUGCAUGGUUUCCCAACUUUAUUGCUUCUUUUGAAAUAUUUUAUAUUACAGUUUACUGGUCAAGGGGGUAGAAAUGCACUGUUGAGCCAUUUAACAGUUCUCUUCUCAGACCAGUUCAUGAUCUGUA